AUGACUCAAGAACUGGACCAGAAGAUCCAGGAAGUCUACAAGCACAUCCAAACCGAGCGCAAGAUUCUUCAGGCCUCAAAGUCGCUUGCUCAGGCUACCACCAAUCAAGAUGUGCUUCGCCGAAAUGAAGCCAAGAUAAGGGAAACGGAGCGUACGCUCUCGUAUUUCGAAGAGACACUUCGGGAACUGCAGGCGAGAAAACUCCAGGGGGGUGAUCCAUCACGAUCAAGUUAUCCAGGUUCGCCGCAGGUCCCGCCCAAAGACUACGGCCCCCCGUACCCUCAGGAAAGCCGGAACUCAUAUGGCGAGUCAAGACCGAAGCCGAGAACGUACACCAAUCUCGACUUAAUCAAAGCCGACACGCCCCUGACGCCUGCAAAAAUAUCCAAGAUGUUGCAUCAAAUGGAAUUCAAGUUGCAGGUCGAGAUGCAGUACAAGCAAGGUAUCGACAAGAUGGCCAAAUUAUAUCAAGCGGACGGCGACAAAAAGUCGAGGGCAGAUGCUGAAAGUAAGAGGGUGGAGUCCGAGAAGAAGAUACAGCUGUUGCAGUCAGCCUUGAAGCGCUACAAGAAUCUGCAUGUCUUAGAUGACGUCGCGGAAGAUGAGGAUCCAGACGGCACUCAAGGCGACCGUAAGGAUAACCUCCGUGCUAAACCACUGUCGGGUACCCUCUAUGUUACUGUGAAGGGCGCGCGCGAGCUCGAACACGCUCCCAUGCCAACAUUCAGUCGUUUGCGCUCCUCGUCGAAGCAAAUUACGGAAACGCAGAUUUCGAUCAAAGUUGAAGGCACCCAGGCAGCUCGGACGCACCCGUCUCGAACAGAUAGAUGGAAUGAAGAUUUCGAAAUUACGGUGGACAAAGCGAACGAAGUCGAAAUUACCGUUUAUGACAAACAGGGCAGCGAUCCCAACCCUAUCCCGAUCGGGAUGGUGUGGAUUCGAAUCAGUGACCUCGUUGAAGCCCUGCGCCGACAGAAAGUCGUUAUGGAGAGUAGUGGAGGAUGGGUGACCGCGGGAGCGAUGCCAGGCGACAGUCCCACUAUGUCUGCUCAUGGGAUGGGAGGGUCAAACGUGGGCAUGGAUGCCUCCUUGGGCUCCGCGCCAAUGCCAGGAGGCCCACCAAGGAGCACAAUGGGACCCCAAUCUGACGGCAUCGACGCGUGGUUUGCGGUAGAACCGGCGGGUGCUAUUGCCCUACAUCUCAACUUCAUCAAGGAGAAUGUUCGCAAGAGAACCAUGGAUGGUGGCCCUCUCGGUGGUCUCGGUCGUCAAGGAGCUGUCAGGAAACGUAAAGGCGAAGUCCACGAAAUGAACGGCCAUAAAUUCGUACAACAGCAGUUCUAUCAGCUGAUGCUAUGCGCAUUCUGCGGCGACUUCUUGCUGAACGCUUUGGGGUAUCAAUGCGAGGAUUGCCGGUAUACUUGUCACAAGAAAUGCUACGAGAAGGUAGUGACAAAGUGUAUAUCAAAGUCGACGAUGGGGGAUGGAGACGAGGAGAAGAUCAACCAUCGCAUUCCGCAUCGCUUCGAGCCUCUCACAAACAUUGGUGCAAAUUGGUGUUGUCAUUGUGGAUAUAUGCUCCCCCUCGGUCGCAAAAACGCUCGAAAAUGUUCUGAGUGCGACAUCACUUGCCAUGCAAAUUGCGCCCAUCUAGUCCCAGAUUUCUGCGGUAUGUCGAUGGAAACCGCCAACGAGCUUCUUCGAAAUUGGCGAGAUAUCAACAAACAGCGAGGGGGCAAGGUUCAUAAGCGCACAGAGACGCUUCCUGUGGCUCAGCAGUUCUCGCAGCCUGAGCAACUUAAUGCUGGAAUUGAUCGCUUGAGGAUAAGCGGACCUCCGGAUGCUUGGGCUCCUCCACAAGAUCAACGAGAACAAAUGGCUACCCCUACUGAUCAAUACAAUGCACCUGGAUAUCGCCCAUAUCCGCAACAACCCCUUCCGCCUGGCCCUCCCGGUUAUCAGCAGCAGCAACAACCACCUGGUAGACCUCCCCCUGGCAGAGUGCCGUCCCCCAUGUGGCCGCAAGAUUCGCAGCCAGGACGUCCGCCAAGUUCUUACGAACCAAAUCGUCCUCCCAUGCAUAUGCCACCUCCUCGACAACAGUCCCUUCCUGCCGGACCCGGGUCCCCUCAACGCCCUCCUCCCCAACAAAUUCCGACUCAAUUGAUACCACCCCAGCCCCAAGAAGUUGUUCGAAAACCUUCAAUCCAAAGGAAGGUGGGACUAGAUGACUUCAACUUCCUUCGCGUGCUGGGCAAAGGGAAUUUCGGGAAGGUCAUGCUCGCCGAGGAGAAGAAGACGGAUAAGCUCUACGCUAUCAAGGUCUUGAAGAAGGAAUUCAUCAUCGAUAAUGACGAAGUCGAAAGCACACGAUCUGAGAAGCGGGUCUUCUUGGCUGCUUCGAGGGAGCGUCAUCCUUUCCUUCUCGGCCUCCACUCGUGUUUCCAGACUGAAACCCGCGUUUAUUUCGUUAUGGAGUACGUCAGCGGUGGUGAUCUCAUGUUGCACAUCCAAAGGAAACAAUUUUCUCUCCGACAAGCCAAAUUCUACGCUUCCGAAGUUUUGCUAGCGUUGGAAUAUUUCCAUGCCAAUGGAAUCAUCUAUCGUGAUCUCAAGUUGGACAACAUCCUCCUUACUUUGGAUGGCCAUGUGAAGGUUGCGGAUUACGGUUUGUGCAAAGAAGAGAUGUGGUUCGGCCAGACUACCAGUACUUUCUGUGGAACUCCAGAGUUCAUGGCACCUGAAAUUCUUCUCGAGCAACGAUACGGCCGCGCUGUCGACUGGUGGGCCUUUGGUGUGUUGACUUAUGAAAUGCUUCUCGGUCAAUCCCCAUUCCGUGGAGAUGACGAAGACGAAAUUUUCGAUGCUAUUCUCGAAGAUGAGCCUCUGUAUCCAAUAACAAUGCCGCGUGACGCCGUUUCAAUACUUCAAAAACUGUUAACCAGGGACCCCCAACGCCGCUUGGGCUCAAGCAAGGAGGAUGCUGAGGAAAUUAAGCGGCACCCAUUCUUCAAGGAUGUCAGCUUUGAUGAUGUGUUGAAUAAACGAAUACCUCCACCAUACUUUCCAACUAUCAACGGACCAGCUGAUACCAGUAAUUUCGACGAAGAAUUCACCAAGGAACGACCUACUUUAACCCCAGUUCAUACGCAACUCACGGCUCGCGACCAAGCCGAAUUCAACGGCUUCUCAUGGAUUGCAUCAUGGGCAGAUAUUUAA